AUGCCCAGGGAUGCCCAGGGACGAGAAGGUGUCGGAGGAAAGAAUGGCUUGGGACCGCCAAGCAACUCGUCGAGCGCGCCAUGGCAAGGCUCGUCUCGAUCUGUGUUCUGCGCCUGUCCAUUUCUUUGGGCGGAUCCGCGCUCUGUUCUCCACUUCCCCCUGACCAUGACUCGCCGACGAACUCUACUUGCGUUUGCUGUAUCCUGCCUCGGUCUGGCACUCGCACAAGAUACGACAGUACAGUGCACUUACGCCGAUGGACGACAAACUCCCGAGGCCAGUCCCCCUGUCUCCUAUGGGCUGAGCUCCAGACAAAGUGUGAUGCGGGAGGUGUUCGGUGCGUUCAAUCUGGCCACAGUAACACCUCUGGCAAACAGCCGCUACCACUAUACACAGCCCGACUCGGAGGGUGAAAUAAACGACUGCAAUUGCUCCGUAGUAUCCUACAAUCUCAUGGCAGCCUGUACAUGGUGCCAGCUCGGACUCGACAACAAGUGGAUCAACGAGACACUCUGGCGUUCCAAUUGUCCCAGCUACAAUGCACGAGGGUUGAGCAUCGACACCGCCGACCUCACGAUUCCCGAAUGGGCCAAGAUUCCCGUUGAUGGAGGCAUGUGGAGGCCUAACAUCGCUAGCUUGGCUGCCACUCCCCCUACUGUAACUCCGACGCUUGCCCCAGCUACGUUCACCCCCCAAUCCACUGCCGACUCCCAUUCCAACUACAACAAGGCCAAAGAUAGCAAUGCAGGCCCCAUCGCAGGCGGCGUAGUUGGUGCAGCACUUAUUGUCGUCCUCUUUGCCGCCCUCUUCAUAUUUUUCAUCCGACGAAGCAAACGACGAGCGGAAAUCGAGGCCCGCUUGCGUUCUUCGCGUCGGUCCAGCCGUUCACGAUCUUCUCGCCCUCGUUCUUCGCAUCAUAGCAAUCAGCCAACUGCCCAGACAAAACCCUCUCCUUCCCCUCUCGGUAAAUCCGCCGAACUUGCGACACCCAACAUGCCCACCGCACCUGAAAUGGCCUACCACCCGCGAUGUAAUCAUGGAAUCGCUUCCUUGGCUGGGGUGUCGGCUUCUCCACGAGCGAGCGUUAGCACCGCAGUAGACGAGGGCGGCCGUACGCCACCUAUGGCUGCCAAGUCGGCGGAUCAUAUGGUAUAG